AUGGCCCCCAGUAUGGCCAUCCGCCAGACUUGCUGCUGCUUCAACGUCCGCAUCGCCACCACCGCCCUGGCUAUCUACCAUGUGAGAUUUCCUGGCAGCCGAGGACGCCACAGGUCCCGGUCCCCUGGGCUGUGCCUGAGGAAGCAGGUCACCAUCAGCACCGUGCUGGUGAAAGGAGGCCACCAGAAACUGUUGUACCAGCUCAACGAGGGCCCCUAUGGCAUCUUCCGAAUCUGCCUCAGGGAGAUUGCCCCCAGGAUGCCAAUCGUGGUGGGCUCUUGUGAGCUCGGCUCAAAGCCGCCCCUCUUCCCCUGCAUCCCCUAUGGCCCCACGUGUGAUGCCUUUGACAAGCUCUUCGAGAAGGAGGUGCAGCUGCCCGAGCUGGACGUGGGGACCUGGCUCAUCUUCCCCUCCAUGGGCACCUAUAGUUGGGUCAUGAGCUCCAUCUUCAACAGCUUCCUGUCCACCUCCAUCUCCUAUGCCAUGGGACCCGAGUUCAGGUGUCUGGGUGGAAUGACAAAGAUGCUCUCACCAGGAUCUGACUGGCACAGGGAUCUGGUGGCUGAGCUCUGA